AUCCUAAAUUAUAUUUCCAUAUAUGGAUUGGGCGCGGUGCUUCAGCCCCGCCAGAGAAGAAAGCCGCCGCAUGCCGCCGCUGCCCACCACCUCCCUCAAGAAAUUCACCUACAAGAAGCUCCGAAAAGCCACCAACAAAUUCAACGCCACCAACAAAAUCGGGGAAGACACCUACAAGGGCACCCUCCGGAGACGGCGGGCCGCGAACCCGAACCCGGAACGGAGACACGAGCCGAAGAAGACGGUCCGCGUCGUCGUCCGAAACCUCGGCCGCCGCGGCCUCCUCCUCGCCGACCUCCCCAAAUGCCUCUCCGAGAUCAAGAAACUCGAAACCCUCUCCCACCCGAACCUCGUCCCGCUCCUCGGGUACUGCGCGGAGCCCGACGGGAGGCGGCGGCACCGGGCCCACUGCUUCCUCGUCUUCGACCUGAUCGAAAACGGGUCCGCCCGGGACCACCUCAUCGCCCCGAACCCGCGCCACAAACCUGUGGCGUGGGAGCGGAGGAUAAAGAUCGCCCUCCAGACGGGCCGCGCCCUGGAGCACCUCCACGAGCGCGGCGUGAUGUACCGGGCGUUCGGGUCGAAGACCGUGCUCCUCGACGCCGGGCUCGACGUCCGGCUCGCGUACUUCGUCUUCCCGAAGCUCAACGCGUACAAGACCGCGUCGGAGCUCGCCGCAGAGGCGAGCCCCGACGCGGAGGAGAUGCUGCUCUCGCGGGCCCCGGAGCUCCACACAUCGUACUCGACCACAAAGGAGAACGACGUGUGGGGGUUCGGGACGUUCCUGUGCGAGACGCUGAUGGGGAAGCCGCUGCUGCCGUCGGGGAGGGACGACGGCAACAACGGAGACGGGGACAAAGAGAGGGGCGUUCUCGGAGCGCUGAUGGAGAGGUUUUCGGACCGGAAAAGGUUGGAAGAAAACAUGGAUCCGAGGCUGAGGAGUUACUAAGACGCGACGACGGUGCUGAAGAUCGUGACGAUUGCGGGGAUGUGUUUCCAGAAUCGGCCGGAGGCGCGGCCGUCGAUGAAGCAGGUCAACAAGUUGCUUGAUAAGAUCUGUGAUGAUGAGUCCAAUAAGGUGGAAUACAGGGAUGGUGAUUUC